AUGGACUCGAAAUGCAAAUGCAAAAGACGUAGGACAAUGAAACUCCCCGGAGCCAAAUGGGAGAAACCGAUUCCAAAUUCGAAAGAGUACUGGAAGGAAUUCUGCGAUAACGAGGAGAAGAGGUUGAUAGUGGUACGCAAUCCUUUCUUUCAUAUCUCUCCCCUUUCCAAAAACGAUUCUGUACUUCCUGAUUUGAAUACGCGAAUCAAUAAUUCAUUUAACCUUUCUCUGUUCAAUUCUGACACAGACAAGUUCGAAAACUCUUCGCACAGAUCCGAUGGCAAACUAUUUCCAAAACCAGCGUUGAAAACUCCAUCUCGGACAAAAAUUUCAGACACAACUCAGCCUAAAGUUGUACGAAUCCCAAAAUUAGGUACUCGUGGCCCUCAACCCAGUUCCGUCAGGAUUUUCGCUGGUGAAGUGGAUGGUGAUGAACCGAGAGCCGAUUUCGCUGCUCUACCGGUGCUCCAUAAGUUCCGAACGACACCGGCAUCAAACAAAUUACGGAGACAUUUAAGACUGCCAGAGAAGACAAAUUCGUCGGAGAAACGCGCUCCCGGGAGUCGCGAAAAUAAAACUGCGAAACCAGAGAGCGAACCUGAGCAUACGAAAAGUCGGGGCGAAGAUCAAAAGCUGCCGACAGAUCAAGUCACCCUGAAGUAUUCCGGCCGUUUCGCGUAUAAAGCGCUCAAACGUUUAACCAGCAAUAAGAAGUUGGACUUCGAGCCGAAAAUAACGGAACAGCUACUUUCCGAGGCGAGCAGAGAGUCCUCGGACGAAGAACGGGGGCCGCUUAAGCGCGAAGAACGUAAACAAGACAGCGAGAAAUCUUUGUGCUUUGGAGACGCGCGAAGAAAGUCGAUUAAGGAUUCAGAAUUCGACGUCGACGGUGCGUCUUUGAAAUCGGAGGAGGCAACGUCGAAGACGAUUCUCUCGGAAUCUCGUUGCACGUCGGGACCCAGCCUCGAAUUCGUGUACCCUGAAAGCGUGGAGAGCCGUUCGGGUCGUGUCUUAGCGUCGAUUCCGAGGUUGUCCGGGUUCCCGAGGAAGAAUCGCGACAGGUGUUUGCCGUGCAUGUUCAAACCGUUCGAAGCUCCGCUGGAACGAAAGAUAUCUUUGCCUAGAACCGCGCUGCGGAGAAUCAUAAACUCGAGGAGCGCCAGGAUCGCGUCGUCUGGCGACUCGUCGGAUGACAGCGAUUCCACUUUCCUCGGCGGCUCGAAGAAUAAAGCGGAAGGAACGAAUCGCGAAGUCGAUGUUACGUUUGACGAGCCGCGUAAUGCGGUUCAAAGACAAGUCACGACCGAAGAGCUUGUUCAAGAAAAACGUCAGGAAGAGAAGAAGGAGAGUACUGCGGAUUCGGGGAUUUCGAGUCAAGUUAAAGAGGAUGUAGCUCCGAAAAAUUUGAACGACGUCCAGACGAAAGCGCCCGCCUCGUUUCACGACGAGAGCUCCGAGGAGGACGAUUCGAUUGUCAUUUCAAUCAGCGACGAGCAAGCUAAGCCGAAAUAUUUCGUACCCUGCCAUGCCCCCACGGUUUUCAGACCCAGCUUAGAACCCUUAAGAGCUUUGAGACACAGAAAACCGACCACCCUGCAAGAUCGAAUUGCCAUGCUCGAGUCAUCGUGGUUGAAGAAGAGUAUUUCUGCCGACGAUCAGGACGAUGUUCAAGAGAAGGCGAAAUCCGUGGCCAAAAUGGACGAAGGGAAGGUUGUUCCUCCUUUGACGAAAGCAAAGUCCGUUUCGGAGAAGCUGACGCUCGAAAAAGACGCUCCCUCGAGGAAGUCACGGACGAUCUUCUAG